AGAAUUCGCCUAUUUAACUCCUACUUUCAGUCGAGUAUCUCAUAUGCAUUUGCCAGGCCAGUAUUUCUCUAAACCUUUUGGCUAUCUUGUACAUUUAAAAGUUUUGUUUAUACAGUUUUUUUCCUGAGUGAUUAUAUAUGCAUAUCAACACCAAAAUGAUUAGGAGAAACAAAGUGCGCAGAUUGUAAAACGGUAACUGCAUUUGGAACAUAGAACUCAUUCCUUAGUGGCAGCAAAUAAACAAUAUCGCGUUUAGUUGCAUCGUUUAUGUGUUGUUAGGUUAGCGCCAAAUGGGAAUUCGUGUCCGUAAACCUUUUCUUCUGUAUACAAAAAUGACAAAGUGAUUGAACGGGGAAAAAUUACAAAAAAAUGACGAAGAAUCUAAAAUUAACAAAAAAUAAGAAAAAUUGAAAUCAUAAUGAAAGAGGAGAAAAGAUAAAUUCGUCCAAAAAGGAGGAGAGUUAAAUUAGGUGAAAUAUAUAUGUUCACCCUAUUUAGUGUUUUAUUACAUCAUUGACCCUUUCUUAUUGAGGUAAUGGAGCAGUGAGAAGAAAUCUUAUAAAAAAAGUACUAGAAGUCUUUUAUUCGUGAUUGAAUUACUAUUAUUUCAAUAAGUUCUAAAACAGUAACCACUGCGAUAAUGUCUGGUUUUCACUCUUGUGAAAAACGUACAUAGAAACGAUAAAGAUGUAUGAAGAAAGUAUGUCAGUUAAGAAAGAGAUAUCUGCGUCAGUCUGGCAACGGGAACGCUUACUAUGUUCUGAUCGUGGUUUAAGAGCAGUUGCAAGAGUAGGACAGGCUGUAAACCUAGCUGUUGAACGAUUUGUGACUAUCGGAGAAACAAUAGCUGAUGAUAAUCCAGAAAUCAAGCAAGGCAUGUAUGAAGCAUGUAAAGAAGCAAGAGUUGCUGGAUCUGCUAUAGAAAAGCUCUGUGAGUGUGCAGUCGAUGAUAAUAUUGAUGAUCGGCGAGCUGUGGUUAGAGCUGCACGAUCUCUUUUGGUGUCGGUAACAAGAGUUCUCCUAUUAGCGGAUAUCGUCGUUGUAAAGCAACUUUUGCUUGCAAAGGACAAAGUCGCCAGAAGCCUUGGUCGCUUGGAAAGCGUUUCAAAUUUCACAGAAUUUGUAAAAGCUUUUAGUCAAUUUGGUGCGGAAAUGGUGGAACUCGCACAUCUAACAGGAGACCGUCAGAAUGAUUUGAAGAAUGAGAGAAGAAGAGCUCAAAUGGCAGCUGCGCGUCAAGUUCUAGAAAGAAGUACAAUGAUGCUUCUCACCUCAAGUAAAGCUUGUUUAAGACAUCCAGACUGUGCAUCCGCUAAAGAAAACAGAGACACGGUCUUCUGCCAAAUGAGAAGAGCCAUGGAUCUAAUUCAUUAUGUCGUAAAAGAUGGCGUUGUUGAAUGCAGUGAAUCAGAAUCUUAUUGGAAUUCUCAGGUACUACAACAAGAAGAUUGGGAUACUAGUACAGUUUUUUCUGCUCUAAAGCAUUUUGAACGGCUACUGGAUAAAAGAAAAAAUUCGCUGUUGGGUCCCAAUUAUAAAGAGACGUUAUUAAGCUCUCUGGAAACAGUUAUUGAAAGAACUCAGGAUUUUACUGAUAGUGCUUACACAACCCAUGAGCACAGAGAAAAUAUUCUUCUCCUUUGCGAUAGAACCAGACUAGAACUUAAUGCGUUAUUUCGAAUUGGAAUCAGCAUAACAUUUGACGGCAGCGGAUUUGGCUCUUCAAGAUCAGAAAUUGAAGACGCUCUGCAAUGUGUACUAAGAGCAGCCAAAGAUCUAAAAAAAGAGCUCUAUGCAACAGCAUUAGAACAAUCUGGUGAAUUUGGGCUGGUCAUAAAAGCUGUACAAGAAUUGGUAUCUUCUAUAAAAAUUCUCGCCUCAUCUAAUGAAAUUGACAGGCUACAGGAACACAGCGACAGAUUUCGUGAAUAUAUUGAGCACAUACUUGAAGUAUGUAAACUUUUGAGACACAUCGCUCGAUCUGAAUCUUUACAAGUAUCAGUAAAGUUCACGGAAAUAAAUUUGAGAAUAUAUGGACCACAAGUUGUAACAGCAGCUCAUACACUCGCCAGGCAUCCGACUAGUAAAAUCGCUAAAGAAAAUCUUGAAGUAUUUGCUGACAUGUGGGAGUGGCUCACGACUGACGUGACGACAGUCGCAAAGGACAUCCUGGAUUUCAGUCAACGUCGACUAGAAAAACAAGUUUACAUGUCAUUGCCUCGACCAGGGAAACAUGGAACAACCAGUAAACCUUUGAAACCGGUUAGUCUUGACAGUGAGGAACAGGCUAAGAUUGCGAAAGCUGGUCUUGAAAUGAAACUCAUUACAUCAGAGAUGGAUGCUGAAACUGAAAAAUGGCAGGGCAGUGGUACAGACUUAGAGGAAAAUAAUGACAUAGUGAAAAGAGCAAAAAACAUGUCCUCAAUGGCAUUUUCCAUGUAUCAAUUCACAAGGGGAGAGGGUGUACUUAAAACUACUCAAGAUCUCUUUACCCAAGCUGAAUAUUUCGCCGAAGAAGCUAACAGAUUAUAUAAAGUUGUGCGACAAUUUAGUUACCAGGUACCAGGUGGACACCACAAAAAAGACUUACUAGAAAAUUUGGAUCGCGUACCAACUUAUGUGCAGCAACUUCAGUUUACCGUGAAAAAUCCUACUGUUGGAAAAUCAGCUACAUUCGUCAAAGUUGACAAUGUGAUUCAAGAAACCAAAAAUUUAAUGAAUGUGAUUUCAAAAGUGGUGACAACGUGUUUCGUCUGCGCUACAAAAUACAACCUGGAUUUUCGGGGAUUAUCAGCAAGAGGAACUGGUAAUUCAUUGUAUAGAAGAGAAGGUGCAGGUGCAGAUGGUGAUGGCAGCGGUGCUGGGGGUGAUGUAGGCAAGCCAGGUUCUGCACCAGGUAGUGAUACAUCUGUCUGACAGUUUGGGAUGGCCCGGAGGGCCAAAGGAGAUACUCGCCGUACUCGAGUUUCCUUCUUACUCUUCUAAGGUCUAAAAAAAUCUUUCCUAUGAUAAACUUUUCCUACACCAUGAUUUUUUGGAUUUUUCAAGAUUUGCAGCGUUCAAAACAUUAUGCCGGUAUUUUCGAUGUAUGUAUAUUUGCAAGAAUAUUCUUGCUAUAAUGUAAUGAAAUUUUUAAGUAAGUGACGAC